AUGGGGCUACCUAAGCUGGCAUAUAAGAAGCCAUUAAAUUUGUUUAAAUUUUAUAUGGAGCAAAUCAGUGAAAUCAAGCUUCAAAUUCAAGGGCUUAGCAAAGAAGUCAAAUCUGCAGAUACUUUAAGAGCCCUCCACCAAUCAUUUACUUCAAAAGUAAAGAAAAAUCCAGACAGCUACUCCAUAACUGGAAUCCUCAAUUUUUUCAGCGAUCUUCUCUGCAAGUGGGAUUUUCUUGUCCUUUGGUGGUCAUGGAAUUUCAAGCUUGAAAGCUUAAAGCUAAAGCAAGCGACUGAAUUUCCUAGUGACUGAGAAGAUUUGUUCCUAAUUAUGAAUAAUGAAGAGGAGAAAAACAAGCUUCCUGAUAACAUAAGAAAAAUAAUUGAGGGAAUUUCAGCUCCGAUAAAUGCCUAUAUAGCCCAAAUUAAUGAACUUAAAGAGAAAAAUCUGCAAUUAUUAAAAAAAGAUGAAGAAAAUGAAGCACUUAUUGCUGCAAAAAAUGAAGAAAUUGCUAGAAUGAGCGAGAGGAUUGAAAGAUUGAAAAGGACAAUUGAUAUAGUUGGAGACCUUAAACUGGAUAAUUUUAUGAGAGAAUUUUAUUUAAUUAAGGAGCAUGCUAAAAUACAAGACCAAAAACACCUUGAACAAGAAAAUAAAGCUUCUCAGCCUCAAGAAGAAACAAAAGAUGCAGUAAGCUUGGGAAAUAAUAGCUUGGAGAAGCCAAAAAUAUAUGAAAAAAUCCAAUUACAAGACUCUGAAAAAGUAGAAAAUCCAGUAAUGGCUAACAAUGAGGAAAAUUUUGAAAAAAAUCCAAAUCUUGAGAUAGCUAGAGGAGGGGUCAGCUCGCAGAGUAGACAAGAAAUAAUAGAAGAAAAUAGUGAAAUAGGAAUAGAAAAGGAUAAAGAAUACAUCGAUAGAGAGCCUAUUGAGCAACAUCAACCAAGUCUUGAAAUUUACGAUGAUUGACAAAGUUACAAAAACACUUUGAGAGAUAAAGACAACAAGCCCCUUAGACUGAGCAACGAAGAAAUGGUACACAUCUAUAAACACUCUCCUUAUAGUCAGAGAAAAAUAGUUAAUAUUAUGAAGUACUUUAUGGGAAUCGCCAACGAGAUAGAUGAAAUAAACAGAAAAGAAGGAUUUGCAUAUGAUUAA